UUUUUACAACUCUUUCCUCCCCUCCUCCCUUCUGGUUCCCUCGUUCCUCCCGCUCUCCAUUUUCUCUGUUUGCCCAUGUCAUCGCCAUUGAUAUCUCUUCUCUCUAUUCGUUAACGCCGGAGAAAUUCGCCCAGAAAAUCUCCGAUCUUAGCUUCAAAUGGGUCUCUGUUGCUCCUCCGCUAGAGUCAGCGGCCACAGCAGCGAACGCCGGAAUCCCACAUCGGCGGAUGCCUCCCCGUCGCCGCCGGCGAAACCGCAAUUGCUCUGUUCCUUCAUGACGGAGACGAUUCCAAAGGAGCCCACGCCUCGGAAACGUGCGACCAAGAGAACGCCGCCGCAGUCGCAGGAGAGGAAGAAGAUCAAUACCAAUGGUAACAAGAUCGUGAGGAGGCACGGUGGUGGGAUCCCGUACGGUAAGCGUAUCGAUUUCGGGUACGCCAAGGAUUUCGACAGUCGCUACAUCAUCGGGAGAUUGCUCGGACACGGCCAAUUCGGCUACACCUACGUCGCCACCGACAAAAAAUCUGGUGAUUGUGUCGCCGUCAAGAGAAUCGAUAAGGGCAAGCUGACUCUUCCGAUAGCUGUAGAAGAUGUAAAGCGAGAAGUCAAGAUACUUCAAGCAUUAUGCGGACAUGAAAACGUCGUCCAGUUCCACAACGCCUUCGAGGACAAAAACUAUGUAUACAUAGUUAUGGAGUUAUGCGAAGGCGGUGAAUUACUGGAUCGGAUAUUAGCCAAGAAAGAUAGCCGUUACAGCGAGAAGGAUGCGGCCAUUGUCGUGAGGCAGAUGCUGAAGGUUGCGGCAGAAUGUCAUUUACGAGGUCUGGUUCACCGCGACAUGAAGCCAGAGAAUUUCCUCUUCAAAUCAACCGAAGAAAACUCGCCUCUUAAGGCAACGGAUUUCGGUUUGUCAGACUUCAUAAAACCAGGAAAAAAGUUCCACGAUAUCGUGGGAAGCGCGUACUAUGUGGCUCCUGAAGUUUUGAAACGUCGGUCAGGGCCUGAAUCUGACGUGUGGAGUAUCGGUGUCAUCACCUACAUUUUGCUCUGUGGGAGGAGACCUUUCUGGGAUAAGACCGAAGACGGAAUAUUCAAGGAGGUCUUGAGAAACAAACCAGAUUUCAGGCGGAAACCUUGGCCAACCAUCAGCCAUGGCGCCAAAGACUUCGUGAAGAAGUUGUUAGUAAAGGACCCUCGAGCAAGAUUAACAGCUGCUCAGGCCCUCUCGCAUCCAUGGGUGAGAGAAGGAGGGGAGGCCUCAGAGAUUCCUAUUGACAUAUCAGUCCUCAACAACAUGCGCCAGUUCGUGAAGUUCAGCCGUCUGAAGCAAAUUGCUCUCAGGGCUCUGGCGAGCACGUUUGAUGACGAAGAGCUGGCUAAUCUUAGGGACCAGUUUGAUGCAAUCGACGUCGACAAAAACGGCUCCAUUAGCCUUGAAGAGAUGAGACAGGCUUUGGCGAAGGAUCUUCCAUGGAAGCUUAAGGAUUCUCGAGUCACAGAGAUCCUUCAUGCAAUUGAUAGCAACACGGAUGGGUUGGUCGACUUCCCCGAGUUUGUGGCAGCUGCAUUGCAUGUACAUCAGUUAGAGGAGCACGACUCGGAGAAGUGGCAGCAGAGAUCAAGAGCUGCAUUUGAGAAGUUCGACAUAGACAGGGAUGGGUAUAUAACUCCGGAGGAACUUCGACUGCAAACGGGCUUGAAAGGCUCCAUCGAACCUCUCCUGGAAGAAGCCGACGUUGACAAAGACGGGAAAAUCAGCAUCCAUGAGUUCCAGAGGCUUUUGAGAACCGCGAGCGUCAAAUCAAGAAACGUUAGGAGCCCUCCCGGUUACCAGAUCUCCCAGAAGAUGUAAAAUCUUUGCUCAACCAUCCGUGAUCAUAUGUAGGAAAGAGUCAACAAGUCUGCUGAUUUUGCUCCGAUAUCGAAAGGCGCCAUUGUCACCGGACCCGGAGUUUAGUGAAUUACGGUUUGGAUUGAUAAUGUGUUGAACACCGAGUGCACUUUCUGGUCCGAGCCGGUGAUCAUGAUCUUGUAAGGUUUUGGCGAGACAUUCCCCACAAGUUGUUCUCUUAUCGUAACAUGUUGGUCGCUUACAAUACUCACUUGCAAAGAAAUGCGCAUUUAACAGUGUUAACAGUUA